AUGGCAAAGACCGCCGGGCUCUCGCGAGCAUAUGCAGUCCUCCGGCAGCUGGAGCUUCUGCGCCAGCAGGACGUGCUGGACCCACUUCCGCCCGAAACCGACACAGAUUUGAGCAGUAGUGUAGCCGCUUCAGCAGCUGGUGACGACCACCGGCGCAACGCUUCGCUUCCGUCACCCGCGCGUUGGGGCCCGGAGGCUGCAAGGCACCCAACCUCAACAACCGGGAAUCCGCAGUUGCCGCUUCAAGGCAGGGCGGAAGAAAGCCACUUGCAUCAUCAGCAGACGGCGACGCCGCAUCACCCCACAUAUUCCUGGCUGGGGGAGAAGGAGGAGGACAUACGGGGCGUGAGAUCGUACAGCGGCGACGCUGCGGAGUCCACAGCGACGGUGCGGACGUCUCCGCCCAGCCGCCCUGCGGAGGGUGGGAAUGUGAACCAGGCUCUGCAACGAGUACUGAAAGAGAUUGUGGCAAUGCGAAAACAAGCCGGAGGGAUGAGGGGGACAGCUGGUAGUGACACAGGCAACCAUCGCCAUGAGCGCAAGCAGCAGACAGGCGAGAAAGGAAAAGACCCAUCCCAAUCACCGGACAACUACAGACCAAACACGGUAUCACGAUUGGUUUCUCCACCACAGGACAGGGAAGAAGACGAUGUCUUCUUUGAUGAUCCACUUUAUUCGCAUACCACAACAACCUGCAGCACGCGAGACGAGCGGAAUAAUAAGACACACAAGAGACGCGAGCGUACACACCGCAAGAGUGGUGGAGCCACAGACACGGGUGUGGAAAACGUUUACGAAACUCCAUGCACAGAAGGACGACGAGAUACAUCUACACGGCACACAACAGAAGAGUUAAGCUCUAGAAUAAAAUCAGGAGAUGUACUCACCUCCUCUGCCGUAAGCGAGUACACCAAGUCACUUCUUUCUCAGCGUAGGCAGCGUCAGGACAAGCUCUUGCAUGAAAUUCAGCAGCGGCAGGAGCCGCUGCCUGCCGAUACUCCCCAGCCAAUAACCUGGGUGGAGGCGACGCCACCGUCUGCUCUUCUAUCCCCUAUUAGCCGCGCCGAUGACCUCGAUGAGGGCUUCUCGCCUCUCCCUACUCAAGUGACGGAUCUCGAUUAUACGAACAAAGAGCUUUCUAGUCAGCCGCUGAUGCCUUUUCUCUGUGAACUGACGACAAUGGGGUCGGCUGCGCUGCGGGAGGCACUGCGCGACAUGGAGGGCUGCUGUGAUGACACAACACCGCACUGUCGGGAGUGGUAUGCGCUCACGGCGCUUGUGAACUCGGGCGACGCCAUACGCCACAUUGUCGUCCCGAUGUUUCUCGCGGAGUUGUCGGAACAAAGUUGUAUGACUGAGUGCGAUGCAAGCGAUCCUAACUCGCGGUUGUCACACAUCCUUUCUGCACUCAUCGGCCUUGGCGAGCGCGCCGAGGCUGCCCUGCCAAUUCUAGUCAAGAUGCUCACAUCUGUACAGGGCUGUGUGAAACUCGUGGCGCUCGCUAUACGUGCGGUCGGCGGCGAUGAUGGCGUGCGGGCGCUCUGCCGCAUGGCGAGUAGCAAUCGCAGCGAUGCGGCCGUUCGGGCGGCAGCGGUCUACGGCAUUAGUACGAUGGCGUACCCGGUGCUGGGUCACACGACUGUCUACUGCCUUGGCGCGCCGCGACUGAGUGGUACAAUUGUGUUCUAUCAACCCCCAGUCGACGCGGGCUACGUUGAGGUGGACGGCGACGGCAGGCCACGGCGAGAGUCAUCCCUGCAGCUCCCGCCGCCGUACCGCCCGACGCACGUCAUUCUACACGCUGAAACAGUGCGUCGGCAGCUGUUGCAAUUCACUGCCUCGAUGGAUUUUCGCCGUGCAUUACACACCUACGAAACACUGCCGCUCGUGCUGCAAGACUUUGCUCUCGGGGCACCUGAGGCGUGUCGUCAGCAGGGGAUGCCUGAAGCCGUGCAGGAGUCACUACGACGCCACGAGAGCGAGCUUGAAGAUGCCUCGAAAUUGCCUCCUCGUGUGCUACCGUUUUCAUACGAUCCGUGCUUCAUUGGCCGCGAGGACGAACAGUUUGCCAUUGAAGAGACGCUCAUAACAAUUCUUCUUGACGGACGAACACCACUGAGUGUGGUGGAGCAGACACUCGUCUCGCUCGCGUCGCUGCCGGGUUUUGUGACUAUACACGUGGCACCACCUGUCCUUGAUUACGUCAUUCAGUGUGUGUCACGCUACGAGCAGCAGUGCGCCGACGAGAGUGAUGGGGGAGAGGCCGCUGUUGUGGCGGGUCUCGUGGCGUUGGGGCGCCUCGUGCGGCACGAAGGCACAUCGCCGACUGUGACUAAUACCGCUUGCGAGUUACUGCUGCACAAUUUGGGUGCGCCGUCAUGGCGGGUGCGCCACGCCGCGUGUAUUGGGCUAGGCGAAGUUGGCGCCGUGUCGAACAUGCCGGAGGCCACCGCCCGCGCCCUCACCACAUGUCUGCACGACGACGCGAUGAAUCACGAGACCGUUGCGUGGGCUCUUGCUCGUUUGGGCCUGCGCGGGGUGCGUGCGCUGCUGGAAAGAAUCACCAGCGGCCACAGAAGCAGCAGCAGCAACAACAGCAGCGGCGGUGGUAACAACAACAAAAUCAUCAGCAAUAGCGGCGCAAGUGGUGGUGUUAGCUGUAGUAGUACCCUGGAGUUGCCGGUGUCGACGCGUGUGGCGUGCGUGCGUGCGCUGGCGAAGAUUGAUAUGUUAGAGGCAUCGCUUGGCGUUGAGGGCGACACGCGCCGAUUGCGUGAGAUGGUGGUGCAGCGGCUUGGUGUCGCCAUUGCUGCUGGUGAUAUUGAGGAGGAUGUUGUGCUCGAGUGCGCCUACGCCCUCGCGGAGGUCAUUGGCAGAAGUAGCAGCAACAACAAGGGCGGCGGCAACGCCGGUAGUAGUGGUGCUGUUGCGCACCACCACCGCAGUGAGGAGGCGGCGAUGUAUUACCACAGCGAGACACCCAACGAGGCCUUCGAAAUCAUGAAGGAACUGAUUGAGUCCGUUGUGCUGCCAUUCUCCGUGCAGAAGGCGCUGCUCUACUCGCUUUGCGCAUACGGCGGCGCCCACGGCGAGCUGUACGUGUCACAAACGGCCAUUCAGAGCCCCGCCGUGGCGUCACGCGCGGCGGCGGCGUUCGGCCUACGGGCGUGCGGCGGCAAAGUCAUCCGCACACUCGCGCUCGCCCUCAACGACGACACGGCGGAAGUGCGGCUUGAGGCGUUCGACACACUCAGCGAUGUGGGCGCCAACUCAGUGCUGGCGGUGUUGCGGACGCGCCCGCACCAGCACACACAGCAGGUGGUCGCCGCGCUGCGUGACUGCCUGCUGCGCGACAUGGGCCGCAGCGCAAGGCGGCAGGCCGCGCAGGAUUUGUACGCCGCACUGACCCGGAACCGAACACUCUAG